AUGGCACGCUCGCGCCUAGAGGCCAUUCGCGAUCAAUUGGCACCCUCAGAGACCGCCGCUCCUACCAUUGCUAUCGAGGAAAGCAUAGAAGCUUCUAGUAUUGAAUCAGAGUUCAAAUUUCCUGAGACAAGAACAAUUUUUCCACCGUUCGAGUUAGAAGAUCAUCCUAUCGAUGAUGUGCGGUCGUUGAGGGUUAUAGUUGUCGGUGCGGGGGUGACGGGGAUUUCAGCGGGUGUGCUUUUACCUCCAAAAGUGCCAAAAAUUGAUCUGGCCAUUUAUGAACGAGAGUCUGAUGUUGGUGGUGUAUGGCAUACAAACGUCUAUCCUGGCGUGCGAUGCGACGUGCCAGCUCAUGCAUACCAAGCCACAUUUGAGCCAUCUACAUCUUGGAGUACAGCGUACGCUGCAGGUGCUGAGAUAAAAUCGUACUGGAAAGGCGUGGCCGAGAAGUACGAUGUGGAAAGAUACAUAAAGUUCAACCAUAAAGUGCAAGAAGCACGCUGGUCAGAAAACAAAGGCAAAUGGGUAGUCCAAGUGGAGGCGAAUGGCAGAGUCUUUACAGAUGAGGGAGACUUUCUCAUCACGGCGACUGGACAUUUCAGCGAUCCUAGAUUACCCAACUAUCCUGGUCAGUCGGAGUAUAAGGGACAUCUUCGGCAUAGCUCCAACUAUGAUCCGAAUUUUGAUCCUACGGGGAAACGCAUUGCGGUCAUCGGUAACGGAGCCUCCGGACUCCAAGUUCUUCCGCAGCUUCAGAAGAAAGCAGCACGGAUUGAUCAUUACGCACGGAACAAAACCUGGGUUGCCGCUCCUAUUGGUGGGGAAAGCCUAGAGACUUUUGUUUCAGACAGGAUCGAAAGAGCGCGAGAAAGCCCCGAAGAAUAUCUCAAAUUCCGCAAAGAUCUCGAGUCGCAGCUUUUCAGCCGGUUCGGUGGCAUCUUCAAGGACGGCACGAAGAACAACGAAGCACGCGAGUCCAUCACCAAGCUCAUGGCCACACGGUUAGGUGAUCGUAAUGAUCUGCUGAGCGAGAUAUUGCCAGACUUUGCGCCGAAUUGCAGACGAUUGACCCCGGGGCCUGGAUAUCUCGAAGCAUUGACUGCAAACAAUGUUGAAUACAUCAGUACACCCAUUGAGCGAUUUACCAAGACAGGAAUCGUCACCAAAGAUGGUACCCACCGCGAAGUUGACGCAGUUAUAUGUAGUACCGGCCACGACAUAUCAUUCAGCACUGCCUUCCCCGUGAUUUCUAGAGGUGUCAAUCUCCAAACCGCCUGGCGCCCGGGCGGCAACCCUGGCUUCCCAGAUUCCUACCUCAGCACUGCAGCCGCCGGCUUCCCCAACUUCCUCAUAUUCCUAGGCCCCAACGCGACCGGUCCCGCAGGAACUCUCUGCCAUUCCGUCGAAAACCAAAUCGCCUAUGCCGCACAAGUGCUGCGAAAAGUGUCACGAGAAGGCAUCCGCAGCAUCGCACCCACGGAGGCCGCAGUCCGGGACUUCAGGGCGUAUUGCGAAUCUUUCUUCCCCAAAACCGUGAUGAGCCAGUACUGUAGUUCGUGGUACAAUGGAGGGAUCAAAGGCGGUAGGAUCCAUGGGCUCUGGCCGGGCAGCGCGAGCCACGUGAACCUUAUCAGGCGGAACCCUCGAUGGGAGGACUUCGAGUAUACGUAUUUAAAUCGUCAGGGAAAUAGGUUCGGGUGGUUUGGAAAUGGAUGGACGACGAAGGACGUUCUCGCCGCAGAGGGAGGAACGGACAAUGUGGAUUUGACACCGUGGUUACAGGCUGAUGCGCUGGGGAAGGGCGUCGAUUUGAGGGGUUAUCAUGAGGAGUGGUGGACGGCUUAG